ACGAGAUCUGAGAGUGUGUGUGUGUGUGUGUAGAGAGAGGGAGAGAGACUGGAGGAACUCUGAAUGCAUCGAUCACCAGGACAAGUCAUGGCUGGGAAGCCAUUCCGGGCCACCUACAUCUGGAGCAGCAUCAUCUCCAAUCUCCACACUCAUGUGGAGGUCAAGCGCCGGCGCCACAACCUCAAGUCCUACCAUGACUGCUUCCUGGGCUCGGACGCCGUGGAUGUGGUGUUGGCACACAUCACCCUGAACCGCUUCUUCGGCGAUGAGGCGGUGCCUCGUUACAAGGCUGUCCGUCUUUGCCAGGCCCUGAUGGACUCGAGGGUGUUUGAGCCAGUGGGCAUUAAAGUGUUUGGGAAGGAAAAGAAGCGAGUGACGUUUGAGGACAGCAGUUUCAGCUUGUACAGGUUCCUGAGCCCGACGACCACCUCGUCAUCAUCGCUGGCCGACUCCAACUCUCACUCCACCAGCACCAUCGAGAGCGGCUAUGACUCACCAAGCAUGAACAGGAACAAGAACAGCUACAGUCCAUCACAUGAAAGACAAGAGGUGCUGAGCUACUCCACCCACUCCCCCAUAAACACAGACAAAUCACUGGAGGACGUGCUGGGAAACCUCAACCUGAGCUCCACCAUCACCCCUCAGAUGAUGAACCUCGGCCUCUCGCAAGAGCUGGUGUAUGAGGUGUGGCACCAGCAGGCUGUGUUCAGGCUGCUGCAGCUGGUAGAGCUCCCCCUGCUGGAGAACCUGUUAGAGGGCAAGGACGCAUCUCGGCCUCCGCUUCACACCAUGGACAGUGACCCAGACCUGUUGUAUACAUCGAGCUACCUGGAUCGAGAGGUCCUCAAGGCUUUCAGUGAAGCCCAGGCUGAUGAGUGGAUGUCAGGGGCGGUGGACUGUCUGGAGUUCCUGCCUGAUGAACUGGUGGUGGAGGUCAGCCGAGGUUUGGCCGGUUGUGCAAAUGACCUGCUCCAGUGUAAGAAGCUGCUUUACGAGGUGCUGGCUCAGCAUUACGGACACACACAGCAAGCGCCGCUGCUCAGCAACCACGUUUUUGACAUCCACUCGGGCAUCUCAGAGCUACUCGUGAACGGUAAGCGAGAGCAGGCUCUGGAGGCCCUGCAGCUGAGCCUGAAGCUGCAGGACUCUCGCAGCAGGGAGGAGCUGCGCAGACUCCUGAGAUUCAUGGCCACUGCAGCCAGACUACAGGAGGUCAAACUGCACAAAGAGAUUGAGAACAGAAUGGCGGUGAAAAGGUCUUUCUCCAGUGCCAUCGUCUACAGCAGGAGACUCCCCAAAGGAAAGGUGGACUUGAUGGUUCUGUUCAUGAUGGAUAACCACUGCGACCUUUUCAAAAUUCCUGUCUCUCUGCACAAGAUGGUCAGCGACAGAAUAACAAACAUUGUAAAAGGGAAAGAUCCAGAUAUGAUAACAGGAACAACGUACUGUACAAGACUGAGCGCUAAGGCCUUUUCAGAAAACGUACAAAAAACCACUAAAGAGGAGCUUUGGUCUUUACUGCAGACGAUCCACGAGAACCCUGAACUCUCCAUUAAAGAGAAGAGACGACUGCUGGGACAGUUUUACAAAGGCCACCCAGAGAUAUUUGUUCAGUACUUUGGAAAAAGAUUGUCCAGUAUCAACAUGUUGCUCCAGUAAACUUUUUAUUUUAAAAAAUAAAUUCAUGUAUCAUAAUGUAAAAAGAC